AUGAUCAGCGACUUAUCUUUGGAAAAAACUCUACCUAUUGUUUGGAACGACGAGGCGUCUUUCGCAGCAAAAUUUAUUGCCUUCAAUCCCGUCUUCUGGAAUAUUGCUGCUCAGCUUGAACUGCGCGUUAAGCUGUUUACCAAGCUGGGUCUUGGAAACCGAUACUACGGGUGCUACAUUUUGGCAGCUAUCAUUUUCUCGCUGGGUAUUUACCGCGAUUGGAUUUACAGGAUCGCUUUAGAGUCUCAGCCAGUCGCUCCUCUUCUCGAUAAUAUCUACGCAAAGGUUGGUGGCGCGGCAAUGUUUGGCGUGGGAAAUGUUCUCGUUCUCAGCUCGAUGUGGGCGCUUGGCAUUACCGGCACUUACUUGGGCGACUACUUUGGCAUUCUUAUGGACGAACGUAUUGCCUCUUUCCCUUUCAACGUCUGCAACAAUCCUAUGUAUAUUGGCUGCUAUCUGUCGUUCCUCGGGGUCUCUCUGUGGUACGGCAAAGCGCUGGGCUUCGUGCUGUCGACUUUGAUGUGGGUUAUGUACAUGGUUGCUUUACGUUUCGAGGAACCCUACACUGAGCGUAUUUACAGUGACCGUGAAAAGGCCCGCGAGGCUGCUGCUGAGUCGUCUGGUUCGUCAACCGGCACCUCGCGCCCCUCCACCCGCUCUCGAACCAAGCGGGUUUAA